UCCCACGCGGCCACGCACCGCGCAACGCUCCGCCCCAAAAGGCCAGACAACGCCCGUUGCGCCGCCUCCCAAACUCCGCCUCCUCCUCCUCCGCUGCACCCCCGCAAAAACCCUAGCGCACCGACUUCGCGAUCUCCGCGCCGCAGCCAUGAAGGGCAAGGCCGACGCCUCCAAGAAGGGCGAGGGCAGGCUCAAGGCCGCCGGCGGCGCCGGGAAGCGGAAGAAGGCCGCCGCUAGCGGCAAGCCGAAGCGCCCGCCGUCUGCUUUCUUCGUCUUCAUGUCUGAGUUCAGGCAGGAGUACCAGGCAGCGCAUCCUGACAACAAGAGUGUCGCCGCCGUGAGCAAGGCUGCAGGGGAGAAGUGGCGAGCUAUGUCUGAGCAAGAGAAGGCACCUUAUGUGGACAAGGCUGGCCAAAAGAAGCAGGACUACGAGAAGACCAAGGCCAACUUCGAUAAGAAGGAGAGCACAAGCUCAAAGAAAGCUAAGACCCAUGAUGAUGGAGAAGGCUCUGACAAGUCCAAGUCUGAGGUCGACGAUGACCAGGAUGGUGGUAGCGAUGAGGAAAAUGAGGACGAUGAAGAGUAAAUAGUGUAUCCGGGGGCAUGAGGUAGCAAACUGUGUCUUAGGUCCCCUAUUAGCUUUACUAGUUUGCUAUCUUCGACCCUAAGAUGUUGGGAAUAGGCGUGCGUGGGUGUGAAGGGGGACCGUUUAGAAUUAUGGUACUCAGAAUGUUUUCCUACAGUGGAUUAGCAAAGAAAAAGCCUGAAUGCCGCCUGCUGUUCUGUUGCUUUUCUUUUGCUAACCACUUGUCACAGAACUUUGUUUCAUUUGCUAAUCUAGUAGCAAUUCAGUUAGCUUUCUUUUCGUUAAUUUCGUUAA